CUGGCCCCUGCCUCUAGCCCCGCCUCUCGCCUCGCCGCCCCGCCGCCCCGCCGCCCAGCCGCCCCGCCGCCCCGCCGCCCCGCCGCCCUGCCGCCCUGCAGCCGGUGGUCGCUGCCCGUGGUGCUCCGUCGCCCCCGCCACCUCACGUCCUCCCGUGCGUCGGGCGCGUCUCGGCUACGCCAUGUUGGGCAUGAUCAAGAACUCGCUGUUCGGAAGCGUAGAGACGUGGCCUUGGCAGGUCCUAAGCAAAGGGGACAAGGAAGAAGUCUCCUAUGAAGAAAGGGCCUGUGAAGGAGGCAAAUUUGCCACAGUAGAAGUGACAGAUAAGCCUGUGGAUGAGGCUCUACGGGAAGCAAUGCCCAAGGUCGCAAAGUAUGCGGGGGGCACCAAUGACAAGGGAAUUGGAAUGGGGAUGACAGUCCCUAUUUCCUUUGCCGUGUUCCCCAAUGAAGAUGGCUCUCUGCAGAAGAAAUUAAAAGUCUGGUUCCGGAUUCCAAACCAAUUUCAAAGCGACCCACCAGCUCCCAGUGACAAAAGCGUUAAGAUUGAGGAACGGGAAGGCAUCACUGUCUAUUCCAUGCAGUUCGGUGGUUAUGCCAAGGAAGCAGACUACGUAGCACAAGCCACCCGGCUGCGUGCUGCCCUGGAGGGCACAGCCACCUACCAGGGGGACAUCUACUUCUGCACCGGUUAUGACCCUCCCAUGAAGCCCUAUGGACGGCGCAAUGAGAUCUGGCUGUUGAAGACAUGAGUGACCCACUGAGACAAGAACUUCCUGGAAGCGUGCCUCUGUGUCUCCUUCCUCGGGGGGCAACAGGGGACAGUACUUCCCAAGUUCCAACUGCAAGUCCAACUUAACCAACUUUCCUUCAAAGUCAGUUACUGCCAAUUUUCUGAAAAAAGCAUGUUCCAUAUACUAAGUCUCUUUUCUCACGGUGGGAAAUAGUACAGCCAAGAUAGGCAGCAUCCUUCUCAUUGAUUUAGAAAAUUCUGCGGUAGACCAGAAAAAUCCUGGCAGCUUUUCUCCAGCCAUCUGGGUCACUAAAAACUAUUUUCUAAAAUUAUUGAAUUUGUAUUUUGUUAUUAAGGGGGAAAUGUGAUUUGUGCCUUUCAUCUGUGAUUCCUAUAAGAGCUUUGUCUUCAGAAAAACUAAAAAUAAAGGCAUUGACUUAAAUAGCUGA